AGUCUUUCUUGGCGUAGAAGGGAACUCUCAAAUUUUUCCAGAAAGCUCCCAAACGCUGUCUUAGUCUAGGGUUUUAGUUUUACACCCUACUGUUUCUCAUUUAAUCCCAACGGGGCGGAAAGAAACUUUUCCUCUUCCCAAAACCCUACCAAAACCCCUGCAGAUUUUCUUCUGUGUUUCCAAUGGGCAGCAGCAGCCAAGCAGCUGUAUCCUUCCUAACCAACCUCGCCCGCGCCGCCUUCGGCCUCGGCGUCGGUGCCACCGUUCUCAACGCCUCCCUCUACACCGUCGACGGCGGCCAACGCGCCGUACUCUUCGACCGUUUCCGCGGCGUCAUCGACCAGACCAUCGGUGAGGGCACGCAUUUCCUUGUCCCAUGGCUCCAAAAGCCCUUCAUCUUCGACAUUCGCACCCGCCCGCACACCUUCUCCUCCAUCUCCGGCACCAAAGAUCUCCAGAUGGUCAACCUCACCCUCCGCGUCCUCUCUCGACCUGAGGUCUCCCGCCUCCCCUCCAUUUUCCAAACCCUAGGGCUAGAAUACGACGAAAAGGUCCUUCCUUCGAUCGGCAACGAAGUUCUCAAAGCCGUGGUGGCACAAUUCAACGCUGAUCAGCUCCUCACUGAGCGUCCUCACGUGUCCGCACUCGUACGCGAGAGCUUGAUCCGUCGCGCGAGGGAUUUCAAUAUUGUUCUCGAUGAUGUCGCAAUCACGCAUUUGUCGUACGGCGCGGAGUUCUCAAAGGCUGUGGAGCAGAAGCAGGUGGCACAGCAGGAGGCAGAGCGGUCCAAAUUUGUUGUGGCGAAGGCAGAGCAAGAGCGUAGGGCAGCAAUUAUUAGGGCGGAAGGUGAGAGUGAAUCGGCGAAGCUGAUCUCAGAUGCCACUUCGGCUGCUGGAAUGGGGUUGAUUGAGCUCAGGAGGAUCGAGGCGUCCAGGGAGAUUGCUUCAACUCUGGCGAAGACGCCAAAUGUUGUUUACCUGCCUGGUGGGAACAACAUGCUUCUGGGUUUGAAUCCUUCGGUUGUGGGCGGGCGUUGAAAUGAUGAUUGUUCCCAAGUUCUUGUUCUUAACUCAUAUUAGUAAAUGGGUCUCUCAUCAGGGGUCAAUCCAACUUGAUGUUAUUGAAUUGUGCGCAGUUCAUUAUUCUGGAAUAGUUUUGUUUUUUCUCACACAAUUGAGACAAGUUGUAGUUGUUGCCUUACGAAGACAUUUUGUGAGGUUUACUGUGUUUUACGGUGAAGACUGAAGCCAAUAAGCACUUUAUUCAUUGUUUAAAUCAUGACAACAUGUGUAAUGCUUUGGAGAGGAGUUGAGAUGAGAUUAGAUUUAUUCCCAUCUUAAAACAAAUGGCAUGGAUAUGCAUAAACUAUUUAUUUUUCUUA